CCGCCCUCCUCCCCUAACUCCCUCCCUCCCCUGCCCCUCCGCGAUGAGAGACGGCCCAAGUCGGAGCGCGCCAGCCAGCAGAGAUCUCUGCCAGGGGCAGACGGAUCGCUUUCAUGUCGCAGGGUGACUGCUAGCCCUGCGGAGGCUCCCCCGGCAGGGGCUGGGGCUGGGGCCGGGGCUGGAGAGGCAGCGGCGGCGGGCGGGCAGUUGCCGGGUGCCUGCCGGCCCCGCGGGGUGCUGGCGGCGGGGGAUGCGGAGCCGGCCGCGGACUAACAUGGGGGGCAGCCACUCCCACAGGGCGCCCGUCUUCGACGAGAACGAGGACGUUAACUUUGACCACUUUCAAAUAUUGCGGGCUAUUGGGAAAGGGAGUUUUGGAAAGGUGUGCAUUGUGCAGAAGAGAGACACCAAGAAAAUGUAUGCCAUGAAAUAUAUGAAUAAACAGAAGUGCAUUGAGAGAGAUGAAGUUAGAAAUGUUUUUCGGGAGCUACAGAUAAUGCAAGGCCUGGAGCAUCCCUUCCUAGUUAAUCUAUGGUAUUCCUUUCAAGAUGAGGAAGACAUGUUCAUGGUGGUUGAUCUUUUGCUUGGAGGCGAUCUGCGUUACCAUUUGCAGCAGAAUGUCCACUUUAAUGAAGGAACUAUUAAGCUGUACAUUUGUGAGCUGGCGCUUUCACUGGAUUAUUUGCAGAGAUACCACAUCAUUCACAGCUUGGAUGAGCAAUGCAUACAUAAAGUAUUCUACCAUUCCCUUGGAGAUUUCCUUCCAAUGGACAUCAAACCUGACAACAUACUACUGGAUGAGCAUGGACAUGUUCAUAUCACUGACUUUAACAUAGCAACCAUAGUGAAAGGCUCAGAAAAAGCAUCCUCUAUGGCUGGCACAAAACCCUAUAUGGCUCCAGAAGUGUUCCAGGCCUUUAUGGAUGGAGGUCCAGGAUACUCGUACCCAGUGGACUGGUGGUCGCUAGGAAUUACGGCAUAUGAAUUACUGAGGGGUUGGAGACCCUAUGAAAUUCAUUCAGCCACCCCUAUUGAUGAGAUACUGAACAUGUUCAAGAUAGAAAGAGUUCACUACUCAUCUGCAUGGUGCAAGGGCAUGAUAGCACUACUGAAAAAGCUCCUCACUAAGGACCCAGAGUGCCGUCUUUCAAGCCUUGCAGACAUCCAAAGCUCUCCAUACCUAGCUGAUGUCAACUGGGAUGCUGUUCUAGAGAAAGCUGUGACCCCAGGCUUUGUUCCUAAUAAAGGAAGACUGAACUGUGAUCCUACAUUUGAACUUGAAGAAAUGAUUUUAGAGUCCAAGCCUCUCCAUAAAAAGAAAAAGCGACUUGCCAAAAACAAAGCCAAAGAUGGAGCUAAGGAAACCUGCCCACUGAACGUGCACCUGCAGCAGUGCUUGGAAACCGUUAGGAAAGAAUUCAUCAUAUUCAACAGAGAGAAACUAAGAAGACAGCAGGAUCAAAGUGGACAGACUUCCAGCAUGGACAGCAGAGCAUCCCUUCAGAGCCAUGAGAAACUCCAAGAUGGACGUAACAACAAUUUACUGGGACACGGCUGCACAAGAGGCUGCAGCAGCUAGUGAGCUACAGUCCCACACAUGUUUCGGCCCUGGCAAGGCGAGGAAAGGUCCUCUCUGUGCAUGCCUUCUUCUUCACAGCUGGGAUCCUGGGACAUCUGACUCCUCCAAAAGCAGGAUCCCCAGCCAAAGACAAAGCCACAGAGCACACUGGCCGAGACUUUCCACAUACGUCCUCACUCUUCUUUUGACUCUGCCACUAGAAAAAUUACCAUCAGCAGCAAAAUACAGUUUUAUAAGUAAGAGUGACUUUCCUUUUCAAAAUCCUGGAAGAAAACUUGAAACAAUUCAUUAGGCAGCCUCUCAAAGAUUGCCAAGUUUCUGGCUACUCACAAGAGACAAAGUUCUAUGUGGGCCAGCUUUAUCUUGAAGGCUUUAAGUUGUCCUCUCUGUCUCCAUUAAUUAAAAUGGAAUUUUGUGAAACUGCUGGAUAUAGCUGUUUCUGAGCACCUGCUGUUGAGUUUAUGACAGAAGUGUAUGACAUAAAUAUGUGAAUGUAGUGUCAAAUAGGCCAAACACUGAAUAAUUCCAUUCAAAUAACUGAAGCCCAUUGGAAAAGUUGCAGUGUGAAUGUAUUCACAUUGUUCUUUAACACCAUGCAUUCUGCUUUGUAGUAAAAGAUGUGAGUCUGGCCAAGUCAAAGUUUUGCUAGUGACUUUAGUGGAUGCAGGAUCAGACACAUUAGUAGUGUAUGUAUUUUAACCAUGACAAAGAAAGACCUUUUUAUUUGCAACAAUAAGCUGACUGAGCCAGAGUUUAAAAGCAGCUUAGUAAGGAGAGAUAAAAACAUUAAGAAUUUGCUCAGAUCCAUAGUUAAGUGUUAUAAAAUGUGAAGAAGUUACAUGUGUCUCUGUUUUCAUGGAUCUAUUCUGGAUGAGAACUAUCCUGAAUAGAAAGAAACAUACUUUAUCCAAAGUGUUGCUGACAUGAAAAUCUUUUUUUUUAAACAGCUCUCACAACUACAAACAUUUAUGGUGUUUUACAACUUGUACAUUCCACAUUUUGAUAAUAAAUGCAUGCUUGUUCUGUC